AUGUCACUGAAACCAAGAAGAGUUGACUUUGAUGCCACAUGGAAGUUACUGAAAGAGACCUUGGAAGGUGUUAUAACUUGUGGCAGCGUGCAAAGGGUCACUUGGAAUGAUCGUUUUUCAUAUCCUUGUACACUGAAUUUUCAUCACCGUUGUUGUUUUUACGUUUUUGAUAAUCGUUUUAAUUUACUUUGUACUGCCCUUCCAGAACCUCAUGGAGACAAUUUAUAUCAAAGCACCAAAGAGUUCCUUGAAGAUCAUGUGCGGAACCUUCUAUCAACCAUUAUCUCCUCGGGAGAAGAGCAUAUGCUCGAGCUUUACCAUAAACACUGGGAACGCUACAACACUGGUGCAGGCUAUCUGAAUCAACUUUAUGGAUACCUCAACAAUACUUACAUCAAGAAGCAGAAGUAUUCUGACGCUGAUGUGAAUUAUGGAGUCUUCCCAGUGGAUGCUGAUUGUCUUCUAGAAAUUGGAGAGCUUGCAAAAGACAUAUGGAAGAACCUGAUGAUUGAUUCAAUCAAAGGCAGGCUUGUUGUCCUCAUAUUGCAGGAAAUUGCCAAAGACAGAAAUGGUUAUGAUGUUAACCAAACAGUGAUUCAUAGUGUUGUAACAUCGUUCGUCGAUGUAUCAGAAUACAAGAAAAAGACACCGCUUGAACUAUAUCAAGAGAUAUUUGAGGCACAGUUUCUGAAAGAAACGGGCGAGUUUUAUAGACAUGAAGCUGCUCGUUUGAAAGCUGAGUGUACAUGCUCAGAUUACUUAGAAAAGGUUAUACAGAGGCUAGACAAUGAGAACUUCAGGAGUCGGAAGUUCCUUCAUAGUACCUCUUACGCAAAGGUAACACAAGAGGUCCAGGCUAGGAUGGUCGCAGAUAUAAUAGAUUUCUUACAUGGGGAGUGCAAAGAAAUGGUUGAACAGGAAAAAAGAAAAGACCUUACCAACUUGUACAUAUUGCUAAAGCCAAUUCAUAAAGGUCUGGACACGCUGGUGAAGGAAGUCGAAACUCACAUCAAACAGCAGGGAAUGCAGUCUGUUCUCAGCCUUCAGAAUGAUCCAGCAUUCGUUGAAGCCAUGUUGAAGGUGUACCACAAGUUUAAGGAGUUAAUUUGUGAUGUCUUCAGUAAUGACCAAGUUUUUACUGGUGCCUUGGAUAAAGCAUGUUCUGCUGUGAUAAACCAUAAACCCCAGAAUUCACGGACACCCAAUAGAUCUCCAGAACUGCUGGCAAAAUACUGUGACAGUUUACUCAAGAAAAGUACUAAAGGAGUUGGAGAUGUAGAGCUUGAUGAAAAAUUGUCUGGCAGCAUAAUCAUUUUCAAGUACCUUGAUGAUAAAGAUGUCUUUCAAAGGUUCUAUUCUCGAAUGCUGGCAAAGCGUCUGAUCUACAGCCAGUCUGCCAGUAUGGAUGCAGAGGAGAGCAUGAUAACAAGGUUAAAGCAAGCAUGUGGGUAUGAGUUCACAAACAAGCUUCAUAGAAUGUUCACGGAUGUCAGUGUCAGUGUGGACCAUGUAACCGAUUUCAACAAUUACCUGAAAGAGAAGAAGGAGAAUUUGGGAAUCAGUUUCAACAUUUUAGUCUUUCAGGCUGGUGCUUGGCCUAUUACACAGCAGAAUAACAUCACAUUUCACAUACCACAACAGCUAGAAAAGAGUGUGCAUUUGUUUGAAGAAUUCUACAGCAAAAAGUAUAGUGGAAGAAAGUUAACGUGGAUGCAGUCUCUAAGUAAUGUUGAAAUGAAACUCUGCUACCUGAAGAAGUCCUACAUUGUGACGAUGAGCACAUUCCAGAUGGCAACAUUACUUCCCUUCGAGUCCGCCAACUCUUUAGCCUUCUCAGAUAUCCAGACCAGCACGAAUCUGCCAGAGAAGGAACUUGCCAAACAGUUGCAGACGCUAGUCGACACCAAAAUCUUGAUUACAGAUAAUAAUGCAGUCACAGAAGAGUCUGUACUUAAAUUAAAUUUGGCUUACAACAACAAGCGAACAAAGUUUAAAAUUGUGGCUGCAAUACAGAAAGAAACACCACAGGAGGUGGAAAGUACGCACUCAUCUGUGGAUGAGGACCGGAAACUCUACCUGCAGGCAGCCAUUGUCCGGAUCAUGAAAGCCAGAAAGUCUAUCAGGCAUAUCAACCUUGUUCACGAGGUAAUAAGUCAAGCACGCAAUCGGUUCACCCCAAGUAUUCCCAUGAUCAAGAAGAGUAUUGAAACUUUGAUAGAGAAGGCCUACCUGGAACGUAUCACCGGAACGACAGAUGAAUACAGCUACAUUGCAUAG